AUGUAGCCUUAAAUUCAUUCACUCAUGACUGCUCAGUUCUCGUGAAAGCCUACGUGAGCAGAAUUUCCUUUCUAACCUGUUCUCACAGUCACAGACCCACAAAUCUCUCUCUCUCUGUUCUUGAGAAAGAUAAAAACUCCUGGUCCGUGAAACCUGUACCGAUACGUACUCAGUACUCUUUUCCUCUCUCAGUCAUUUCUUUACUUUCAUUGGCAGCAGAGGCAGAGCAGCCUUACCUCUCUUCAGUCAUUUUCUUUGCUUGGCUCUGCAAAGUGCAAACCAUGUUCUCUUUUUGAUAAUAGGAUUGCCAUUCCAUGCUAGGCUCAACAAAUGUUCCGUAAAUAAUGCAAGUCCUUUUGUAGCUCUUUUGUUUUUUAGUUGUUUGUUUCUAAGCCCUCUUUUUUUUUGUUCUUUGAAGCUCUUUGUCAAAAACAUUAAACAUAUAUGGGUCUUUGAGUUUUGGUCCUAAAUCCCGAUUGGUUGGUACACUUGCCCCCCCUGAAACUAAGGAAUCGGUGUGCUCUGCAAUUCACGGGAAUCUCAAAUGGGUUUUCUUUACAAGUGACUUGGGUAUUGGAUUUCUGGGUAUUAUUUUAUUUUUCUUUUCUUGGUGAAUGCCUUCUAUGGUUCUCGCCAGGAGCUCUGAUUGUCCACUGAAGUGGGUGAUGCAAACACCAAGAAAGGGAAAUUUUUGAGAAAGAAGCAAGUAAUUGUAAAGAGAAGUGGUAUUCUAAUGGCAAUUUUGUGCUUCUUCUCUCUUCUGCUAGUUGGGUUUGUGUCAGAGCUAGUGGGUGCUGAGCUCGGUGAUCAAACUACAUUGUUGGCUAUUAACAAAGAGCUUGUAGUACCUGGUUGGGGAGUCAACAGCUCAGAUUACUGCACUUGGACCCGCAUUUAUUGCAGUUGGAACCAUUCAACGGUGGAAAGGCUCGAUCUUUCUCGCCUUCAACUCCAAGGUAAUGUGACUCUGAUUUCUGAGCUCAAAGCUUUGAAGUGGCUUGACCUUUCUUAUAAUGAUUUUGAUGGGUCGAUUCCUUCAGCUUUUGGAAAUUUAUCUGACCUUGAAUUUCUUGAUUUGUCAUCCAAUAAGUUUGAGGGCUCCAUUCCUAUAGAAUUGGCUAGUCUCACAAACCUUAAAACAUUGAACCUCUCCAGUAACUUUCUUGUAGGAGAAAUACCAGAUGAGCUCCAGAGACUAGAAAAGUUACAGGCUUUUCAAAUUUCUAGUAAUAAAUUGAGUGGCUCCAUCCCAUUUUGGGUGGGAAAUUUGACUCACCUGAGAGUUUUCACAGCCUAUGAGAAUGCUUUAGUGGGUAAAAUUCCAGAUAAUCUGGGCUCAGUUUCUGAGCUUGAAUUGCUGAAUCUGCAUUCCAACCACCUCGAAGGCUCGAUACCUAAGAGCAUUUUUGCUUCAGGAAAGCUGCUAGUUCUGAUUCUGACCCUGAAUGGAUUGAGUGGUGAUCUUCCUGAUGAAAUUGGGAACUGCAAAGGCCUUUCUAGUAUCCGAAUAGGCAACAAUGAUCUUGUAGGCAUCAUUCCAAAGGCAAUUGGAAAUAUUAGUAGCCUUACAUACUUUGAAGCAGAUAACAACAAGCUCUCUGGUGAGGUUGUCCCGGAGUUUGGUCGAUGCUCUAAUCUCACCCUCCUAAAUUUGGCCUCUAAUGGGUUUACUGGUCCUAUUCCUCUGGAACUUGGACAGCUCAUGAAUCUGCAGGAAUUGAUUCUCUCUGGCAACAGUUUGUUUGGGGAUAUCCCAAAAUCAAUUCUUGGGUGCAGGAGUCUUAACAAGCUUGAUCUGAGCAAUAAUAGAUUUAAUGGCACUAUACCAAAUGAAAUCUGCAACAUGACAAGAUUGCAGUACUUGAUUUUGGGUCAGAAUUCUAUACAAGGGGAGAUACCUCAUGAAAUUGGAAACUGUGUGAAACUGCUUGAGUUGGAAAUGGGCAGUAACUACUUAACUGGAACGAUCCCUCCUGAGAUUGGUCGUAUAAAAAACUUACAGAUUGCGUUAAAUUUGAGCUUCAAUCAUCUCCAUGGUCCACUGCCCAUUGAGUUAGGGAAACUAGACAAGCUGGUUUCUCUGGAUGUCUCUAAUAAUCGGCUCUCUGGCAAUAUCCCAUCUGCACUCAAGGGCAUGUUGAGCCUGAUAGAGGUUAAUUUCUCUAAUAAUCUGCUCACUGGCCCAAUACCCAACUUUGUACCAUUCCAAAAGAGUCCAAAUUCAAGCUUUUUACGUAACAAAGGGCUCUGUGGAGAGCCAUUGAGCUCUGCAUGUGGAACCUCUAGUGAUUCUGGCCGUGAGAAUUACCAUCACAAGGUUUCUUACAAGAUCAUACUAGCUGUUAUUGGUUCUGGUUUGGCAGUCUUUUUAUCUGUAACUGUGGUUGUUCUGCUGUUUAUGAUAAGAGAGAGACAAGAAAAAGCAGCCAAAGCUGCAGGGAUUGAAGAUGAUGGAACCAACAAUCGACCAGCGAUAAUAGCAGGCAAUGUGUUUGUUGAGAAUCUCAGGCAAGCAGUAGAUCUUGAUGCAGUUGUGAAAGCGACGUUGAAGGACGCAAAUAAACUCAUAAGUGGGACUUUCAGCACAGUUUACAAGGCAGUUAUGCCUUCUGGGCUGAUUCUAUCAGUUAAGAGACUGAAAUCCAUGGAUCGGACUAUAAUUCAUCACCAGAACAAGAUGAUUAGAGAGCUUGAAAGGCUGAGCAAACUUUGUCACGAUAAUCUAAUGCGACCCAUUGGAUUUGUUAUCUAUGAAGAUGUUGCCCUUUUACUACAUCAUUACUUACCCAAUGGGACACUAGCCCAGCUUCUUCAUGAAUCUAGCAAGCAACCUGAAUAUCAACCUGACUGGCCUACACGACUCUCCAUUGCUGUUGGAGUGGCAGAAGGGUUAGCUUUCCUUCAUCAUGUCGCAAUUAUCCAUCUCGACAUAUCUUCUGGUAAUGUUCUUUUGGAUGCUGACUUCAAGCCUUUGGUGGGGGAGAUUGAGAUAUCAAAGCUCUUAGAUCCAUGCAGAGGCACCGCAAGUAUUAGUGCAGUUGCAGGCUCAUUUGGCUAUAUUCCACCAGAAUAUGCAUAUACAAUGCAAGUUACAGCACCAGGAAAUGUCUACAGCUAUGGUGUAGUUUUGCUUGAGAUCCUUACUACCCGACUGCCAGUUGAUGAGGCUUUUGGUGAAGGGGUAGACUUGGUGAAGUGGGUUCAUAGUGCUCCAGCAAGAGGGGAAACCCCAGAGCAGAUACUUGAUGCGAAACUUAGUACAGUUUCCUUUGGUUGGAGGAAGGAAAUGCUUGCAGCUCUGAAGGUUGCAUUACUCUGCACUGACAGUACACCAGCCAAACGACCAAAAAUGAAAAAGGUAGCGGAAAUGCUUCAAGAAAUAAGGCAGAAGUGACGGAUGAUUGUCAUACGAGUUUUUAUGCUGUGAAUCAAUAGGAGUACUCUGGAAAUUGCGAAAUCCUCAUUAUCAUGAAAGAAUGGGAGUCAUAUUUUAAAUGUUGAAGCUCGAUUUCUGAAUUCCACAUAGAAGGUGGCAUGCAUCUCAUGUCCUUACACAUUGGUUCAGGCUGGUUAGUGUUGUAGACUAGAAAGAUCUGCCCACUUGUUCUGUACCAAAAAAAAGGGUUUUAUGAGAAAUCACAUAUUGUAAUCUGUUUUGAGUUGGAAGCAAAAUUAGGUAGUAAGACUUAAUGCAAGGGGAGUCCUCAAAAGAGAAAAGGACUACUCUAUCGAGCUUUUGUCAUACUAUAGGCUCACAAUUGAAAGUAAUGAAGUUAUUUCAGAAGUUGUAUGUGGCAAAUUAGAAGCAUGUCCAUAGUCCGUAACAAUCUGCUUGUGAACUACGCAUAUACAUGUACUAUUUUUCUUACCUUCAAAUGAAUUGUAUUCUGCCCAGGUCUCUACA